GGGGGAAUACAAUAUACUUAUGAUGCCCACUGCCCACAGAGACCAUAUUCUUCCUCCAUUCUUCUGGCUGUGUCUGCCUCGGCUCAUAAGGCCAAAAACUAAAUUCAUCCAAGAUGUCGGAGAAAAAAAUGUCAUCGAGUCGCAAGCAUCAUCUAAAGAGCUUGAUGCUUUCCAUCGCUAAAGGUAUACUGGAACAGGAAGUAAAAGACAGAGAGGUGGAGAGGCAGAGAUACAUGGCAGAGAUCUGCCAGCCUCUGUCUUUACCUUCAGGCACACAGGCAUUACAGGAACUGUGCAGGGAGCUUCACCACAAAAUUGAUGUCACUGACGAAGAGAGAUAUGACCUGGAAAUGAAAGUCAACAAGUGUGCGAAGGAGAUCGAAGACCUGAAUAUCAAAGUUAUUGACCUGAAGGGCAAGUUCAAGAAGCCAACUCUGAGGAAGGUGCGCAUGUCGGCCGACGCGAUGCUCCAGGCUCUGCUGGGCUCCAAGCACAAGGUGUCUCUGGAUCUGAGAGCCAACCUGAAGCAAGUCAAGAAGGAGGUCAAAGAGGAGGAUAAGGAACUGCGUGAUGUUGGUGACUGGCGUAAGAAUGUUGAGGACAAGGCUGGGAUGGACGGCAGGAAGAAGAUGUUUGAGGCCGAGGCUUAAUAUUUAUUAUUUUUCUGAAGUUCAAUGUGCUGCUAAGCUAGAAUUGGUCUAAAACGAUGUCUUUUGUGUGCGAUAAUCUGUUUGUGUACUUAUAACACAUUCAUUUAAAUUUGAUAUUACGAGAACGCUAUCAAAAGUAAAUAUGAUCCCUUAGUUUUCUGUUCAACACUGGUACUGUGUAUUCUCAGCCCAUGUCUCAAUGUCAUACACGAUC